AUGAAAGACAUGGAAGACAAGUACCCUGAGUAUGAUGAUAAGAGUUACGAUGAACUGUUUAGUGAUUUCCAGGAACUCACAACGAGACGUAAUAGAAUAAUCAAUAACAGUAGUCUUGAUCCAACUGAUAUUGAUAGUGAGAUUAAGUAUGUAAAAAGUUUAAUGGAAAAGCUGUCUGCUAAUCAACAGAGCACGUCAUUCACUAGCGGUGAUGAUGGUAAGACGGUAACGAUAACGAACGGGAGUAGGGAGGUCACUGCACCCGCUGUUGAGUUCGUAGACAUGUCCGACCGUCCUGAAAACGAUAUCAGACCAGCCGUUGAAGACUUUAUUAGUAAGCACUACGAUAGGCGAGACUUCAAGUUUAACUUACACAGUGAUAAAGUAUCCGAACUACGAUUAAACCUUAACCGGACUGGGAAGAACAACAGAACAUACCGACCCUUAACAAAUAGUAACACACGCGGUAAAGAACAGAUAGUCCUGAAACGUGUUAAUGGAGAUUUACAGUACAACAAAGCAAAUGUUGCUAAGGAGGCGGUUGCUCAGUUUAAGCGACAUGUUGAUGAUAUACUAAGUGAGCAAGCCACUAACUUCCCAGUGAUCGAGACAGAUAUGGAGCGACCUCGCAUAAAAGGUCUAGACCAAGAAGAAAACCGAGAUUUAGAAGGUGUAGUGAACCCAUCCGAUUACAUAGACCCACAGUCACGUAUUGGGGACAACGGAGCUUUACAAAUUCAAGCGGACCACUUUCAGAAAGCACUGGACAGGACAAUUGAUCAAAGGGAUAGAACAAAUGACCCCAUGGAGUUCAUAGAGUUACAGGAGAGAAUAAACGGUCUCAGGGAAGCUAGGGACAGGACACUCCAACAGAGGGAGAUAGAAGAAGUGAGAGCACAGCAGGAAGAGGAUGUUAGUAGACUGCAAAGGUUUAAAGAGUGGGCUAAGGAGAAUAUGCUAGGUCUGUCUGCCGUUGCUAUCACAGUCGCUGGAAUUAUCACAACGGUUGUCAUAGGAGCUCGAACGGCUAUUAUCAAAGGUGCUCAGGCCACAAGUAAGUUCGCUAAAGCUCUUGCCAACCUAGGGAAGAAACUGGGACCAAUGCUACUACCACUGUUUAACAUGCUGGCGAAGCUUGUGUCACUAGGUGCAAAGGGUCUGGCUUGGUUAGCAAGCAAUCUGUGGGUCCUAGCUAUUGCAGUCGCUUGGUUUGUAUAUGACUACUUUAAGGAGAGGAGGAGAAAGAAGUAA